UGGACUAACACGGUUUCAACCACGAGAAGAGUCGUAUGAUUGUUAAUCAGUCAACGGUCCUUCUUUCCUUCCUCUUUCCCUUUAAUCUAUUUUCCUCCAAUAUUUUGUUUUUUUUUUAUUAAAGAAUAUAUUCUAAUACAGCCGACACAUAAUUAUACAACAUGAAAUCUUCUAUAAUAAUAUAUUUUCAGUGCGAGCAAUAUUUUGUAAUAAUAUAUCAAAAUGUGAAACAAAAAUGUGAAAGGGUUAUUAUCAAAAUGCUAAUUCAUAUAUGCGACAAUGAUAGAUAUCCCCAACUGGAAGUCUUUUCCUUUUUUUUUGAUCAAUCCACAACUGGAAGUCUAAUACAAUCUUUUUUGAACAAUUCUAUUGGCUCAGUGUGGACUACCAUUCGUAAUCAUAUUGAUAUUUGUUAUGUUUGUUUUAUAUAAUUUAUUUUGAGGUUACCAUUCAACUUGUAACUUGUUACAUAAUAGACUCUUUUACGACGUCAAAAAAAAAUAGACUUUUUCAUUUGUAAGUCUGCAAUAGAAUACUCCCUCCUUUUUUUUAAUAUAUGACGCUUUAGGAUAGUGCGUAUAGAUUAAGAAACAUUUAAUUUCUAAAUAAAAACAUCAUUAAUUGUUUACCUAACCACAAUUUAACCAAUAAUAAAAUAGAAACUAUAAUAUCAUUGGUCAUCUAGUAUUAAUUAGUAAUAAGUACUACAUAGAAAAUUAAAAACGUCAAAUAAUUUGGAACAAAAAAAUUCAUCUAAAACGUCAUAUAUAAAAAAACGGAGGGAGUAUAGUAUUUCACAUCUUUCACAAAAGAGAGAACCCAUAUCAUUACUAAACACUACUCCUUCCGUUUCAUAAUAAUUGAUAUUUUAGAUGAUGUUUGUUGUUUCAAAAUAGAUGAGUUUUGAUAUAUUUAUAUUAUUUUAAUUUUAUUGAAAAGUGUAUAACCAACUAGAUUUUGCAGUUAUUUUUUGAAUUGAUUGGAUAAUUUUUUAAUUAUAUAUGUAAAAUUAUUUUUUAGAAAAAUAGAUUUCUUAAUCUUUGUACAAUAAGUCAAAAUAUCACUUUUUUGAAUUAAGCACUAUAACUAUGUAGAAAACCACUUAUUUUUGGUUGUGAGUUUCUCAACAGAAUUGACUUUAAAAUAUGACUUUUUUGAAUUAAGCACCAUAACUAUGUAGAAAAAUAAAUAAAUAAAAUGAACUUAGGAUGAGAUUGCACACCACUUGCCAUUUUACAAAGAGGACCAAAGGCUCGGUCCACAUGGUCCAAAUUGACUACUUCCAUAAUUUUAGCUGCCAAGCAAAAAUACUAUAGAAUAAAAAUGAUACGGUUACUUACAUAACUCACCUUUUUUAGUUUAUUAAAAACAUAUUAAGAAAACCGUAAUUCACCAUCUUCUUGUGCGUUACAGACUAAACAGCGUUACACAUCUCUCUAAGUCCAAAAAUGUGACUCAAUAUAUGUAAAAGGUGUUCUCGUUAAUAAACCAUUGAAAUUUGAACUCAAAAUCAAUAUUUUUCAAUUUUCAAACACCUCUAAUUUUCUUUGGAAGCCAAUACGAAUGGAAAGUAUAACAAAAUCUUUUAUGUAAAUGGAAGUUUACAAUUAAUUAACUUAUUUUAGGUAAGAAUAAGGCAAUCCAGGUAAUAUAUAUGUAGAGAAUAUUGUAUAAUCCCCUUUAGUUUGGAAGAACUUUAUUUUGCCUUCUUAUAAUUCAAACAAUAAAAUAUAACUAGAAUAAUUAUCUCAUUGGCCAAUCAUCAUUAAUACCUUUUUUAACCCUUUCACAGUGUCCCAGAAACCUUCCUCUCUCUUUGAUGCAUUGUCGUCUAUAUAUAUAUAUACGCGUAUGCAUUUACAUGUUCCCUUAAAAAAAAUCAGAGUCAAUAAAUGGAUAUGCAUAGGGGUCUAGUGUUAUUGUGUUGUGUUCUGUCCCUUUUGGUAAUCGAAACGACAGCAUAUCGAGAGAGACAGCUACUGCAACUGCAUGAAACGACAGUAGACACAACAAACACGGCGGUGGCCGUACGUGAUCGGGGUUUGAAGACGAGGCGGCCGGAGCAUAAGAACGCCUACGCAACGAUGAUGUACAUGGGAACGCCAAGGGACUACGAGUUCUAUGUGGCGACUCGAGUCUUGAUCAGAUCGCUGAGAGAUCUUAACGUGGAAGCUGAUCUUGUCGUCAUCGCUUCUCUCGACGUCCCUCUCCGAUGGGUUGAGACCUUGGAAGAGGAAGAUGGGGCUAAAGUAGUGAGAGUUGAAAAUGUAGACAACCCAUACAGAGGGCAAACUAACUUCAACAGCAGAUUCAAGCUUACUCUGAACAAGCUCUACGCUUGGGCAUUGUCUGAUUACGACCGUGUGGUAAUGCUAGAUGCCGAUAACCUCUUCCUUAAGAAAACCGACGAGCUGUUCCAGUGCGGACGCUUCUGCGCGGUCUUCAUAAACCCUUGCAUCUUCCACACUGGCCUCUUUGUCUUGCAACCGUCGUUGGAAGUGUUCAAGGACAUGCUCCACGAGCUACAAGUUGGUAGAGAGAAUCGUGAUGGAGCUGAUCAGGGCUUUCUUGUCAGUUACUUCUCUGAUCUUCUUGACCAGCCUCUCUUUCGUCCUCCAAGUAAUGGAUCUGUUCUCAGUGGCCACUUGCGACUUCCCUUAGGCUACCAAAUGGACGCUUCUUAUUUCUAUCUUAAACUAAGAUGGAACAUACCCUGUGGACCAAACAGUGUGAUUACAUUCCCAGGAGCCGUUUGGUUAAAGCCAUGGUACUGGUGGUCAUGGCCUGUUCUUCCACUAGGCUUCUCAUGGCACGAGCAGCGUCGCACCACUAUAGGGUACUCAGCAGAGAUGCCUUUGGUCGUAAUCCAAACAAUGUUCUACCUUGGAAUCAUAGUGGUCACACGACUUGCUCGUCCUAACAUAACUAAGCUAUGUUAUCGCCGUUCUGACCGCAACUUAACAACGAUCCAAGCAGGUUUUAAGUUCAUCGCACUUCUCUCUGUAGUAGCAGCCUACGUCUUCCCGUUCUUCACCAUCCCUCACACCAUACACCCACUCAUUGGCUGGUCACUCUACUUGAUGGCUUCUUUUGCUCUCUCAUCCAUACCGAUCAACACUCUCCUCCUACCAACGCUACCUGUUCUCACUCCAUGGAUAGGCAUCCUCGGGACGCUCCUUGUCAUGGCCUUUCCUUGGUACCCUGAUGGAGUGGUGAGAGCAUUGUCGGUUUUCGGAUACGCAUUCUGCUGCGCACCUUUUGUGUGGGUUGCAUUCCUCAAGAUCACGUCGCAUCUCCAGGUUUUGAUUGAGAAAGAGGUGUUGUUUCCACGACUGGGAGACUCAGGGAUCACUUCUGGCUUCAGUAAAUUGUAUUAGAAGUAUUUUAUUUGACGUAUAUUGGUUCUGUAUAUAAAGGAUUAUUAUUGUUUCAUUCACAUUUCAUUUAUAUCAACUCAAUCUAACAUUAUUGAUUUUACCUGGUUAAAAUUAUCAAUUUUUCCUAGUUUACACCUAGUAUGUGUUCUUGUUUAACUCACUCUCUUGCGUUCAAGAUACAAAGAUGUGAAUGUUAAUGAGCACAAACGUGUCCAAAAAGUAGGGUGGUUUAGGCAGAACUUGAGUUUACAACGAUUAAGCAGGGUCACUCUGUUUCGCUCUGUUCACUCCUUAGUGCGAAACCCUCUCAAUGCUCUAGAAUGUUUCCCUUUAGCCAUAUAAACUCACAGUUUUUGUAGUAUAUUAGCUUUGUCUAACCACUUGGCUUAUAAUAGUCAAGUCAAGCUGUGAUAAAUAACUAUAGUGUGCUUAUAUUAAUUUGCACAUAACAAAUAGAGACCAUAAUAGAUUUAGUUAGCUUAAUAACUUGCCUAAAGCCUACGAGACUUGUGAGUGUGGUUCAUAUUUAGUCUCUACCCUCUUUGUGACUGUAGUCGCUACAAGACUACAAGACAAACCAUCAUCAGGCAAAUCGCAAAAGAAUCCUUUGUUUCUCGCAUUCCUUUUUCAGUAAGGUAAUUCUUAGUUAGAACUGUUCAAAGAAGAGUGUUUGAGAUCAUGAGUGUUUAAGUGAGCUCGUUAUUUUGCUAACUUCAGGUCGAUCCAUUUGUUUGAAAAUAGAAAAAUCUUCUCAUAGUCUAAUAUACUUAGCAAGUAAUGAAUAAAAAAUACAUGUAUUGGUGUUUUUAUUCCAUAAAUAUUCAACUUUAUCUAAGAAUGCAAUAACAAGUCUAGAGACUAAAUAACACUUAGAAAAUGUUUUUUUAUUGACAUAAAAAAGUUUAGAAAAACAAGUAAACGUAAAGUAUUAUAAAAUAUGUGUUAAGAAAAAAGAAAGCAAAGUAUUAUAAAAUAUAGACUUAUGGGUUUGUAUGGACUUUCUCAAAACAAUAUGUUUUUUUUUUAACAGAAAUUCAGAACAAUAUGUAUAAACACAAAUCUUUGCUAUUUCUGCGGGAACACUUUUUGAUAAAGGAACAUUAAAUGUGAGUGUUCUCUAAAAUUAAAACAAUUUUUUUCAAAAGAAAAAGUGUGUGUUCUCUAAAAAUAAAACAAAAUUUUCAAAAUGUGUGUGUUCCUGCAGAAAUUAGGAUAUUAUUUUAAUGCCUACGUAGACAUGAUUUAUAUCACAAGUUUAUACAUAUCUGGCGUAGGAACUAAGAUGUAGUAGUCCAAUAGUUGUGUUGUGUGACCCUGCCUUUCCCUGGUGAUGCGAGUAGGUUGGAAAUCUACUAAAAUCUGACCUGCAUUAGAAAAUUAUACCUAUGCUGCAUUAGGUGCCAAAAUAGGCUGAAUUAUGCAUAUGUAACAUAUCCAUCUCAUUUGUCCAGUGAAAAAAAAAAUUGAACCCGAAAAAGAGAGAACAAUAUAGGUUAAGUUAUACCCAGUCACGCACGCCAUUUGUGUCCAAUGAACAUAAUAGGUAAAUAAUACAUUUGUCAUUUUGUAAGAUUCAUGAUUUUUUUCUAGAAUAUUAUUUUCUCUAUAGAUGAUUUCGUCAAAGAUAUAUCUUCUAUAAUAUAUUACUCCUAGUGUAUGUCUAUAUUAAGGGUGGAUUCAGUAAAACAACUCACAAAACUUUAUCUGAAUUUUAUCGUGCAAUUUUGUUAAAAUUUCAAAGACAACUUUUCAACAUAACAUUCUUGUUAAAGCAAAAAAAAAAAAACAUAACAUUUUUAUAAAUAUUUUUUUGUCAUAAUAUAAAUAUAUAUUUCCAUUGCUUAUUUAUCAAAUUAAAUAUAAAAUUAAACCCGGACAUAUACACGUGUUGUUUCCGUCGAUAUAUAAGACAUUAAGACGUAUAGGCAAUGAAACAUCAAUACGCCAAAAUUUAGAAACAGACGUAUUUUUUUAUAAAAAAAAUUCAAAAUAUUUUGCUCCCAAAUUUGUCAUGGCCUCAGUCUCACUGAUAUUUUAUUCGGUCCCCUACUUUUAUAUCAACUAACUUCAUAUCAUUAUAAAUAAAAUUUGGUCACUAAAACGGAUAUCUAAAAGAGUAAAUUCUACCAACUUAUAGUGUGGUUUAUAGAGAAAACAUAUACUUGGUGCUCAUGUGUUUUUAGACCAUCUCCAAUAUGUAUUUCCCUAUUUUUUUCCUCUAAAAUAGGUGAUGUCUAUAAUAGAGAUGAAUUUGUCUCCAAUGUAUUUCUCUAUUUCUUCCUCUUAAAAAAAUAUUCUUGAUAUAUUAUUUUCUAAUUUUACAAAUAGUACUUUUUAUUUGUGAAAGUUGAAAACCAAUCCAAUUUAGUUUAAGAUUCAUAAAAUUAUUGAAUAUUUUUACAGAAACUAUUAUGUAAAUAAAAAAGUAUGAAUAUAUAUUUAUAUAAACAAUACAUUUUCUCUAACAAAUAUUUAUUUUGGCUAUAAUUGUUAAAAUAAAAAGUUAAAAGAUCAUUUUGUGAAUAAAAAAAUAUGCAUUUAUUAUAGAGAAAUGUUAUUUCUUCCUCUAAAUAUAGAUGUGGAAAUAGCAAUCUCUAUUUAAAAAAAAGAAAUAUAGUAUGAUAGAAAUGAUUUUACCUCUAAAUGAUAUUAUAAAGAUAAAUAUAGAGGUGGAUUGGAGAUUUUCUUACAAUCCAUACGUAUUAACAAAACAAAUAAAUCAAACGCAAACUAUAAUUUUGAACUAUAACUUUGACUGUGGGAACGCGUCUUCGCCCGUGCAUCAAGGUUUCAUGGUGCCUUUCUUUCCGGAAACUCGCGGCAACUGGAAGCUUAGUCCGCUCGUACCUCUCGUUUGGACCAUCGACGUCAGGUUCAUCUUAUAGGACCUAUAUACUUUGUAAUAGAUUCUGCACGUUUCCUUAUAAAUGCUUCUUUAGGUUUAAUUUCUGCUUCUCCACUACUAGUUAAUUUUGUAUUUCUGUAAAAAACGAAAAAUUUGAUAUAAUCAAUUUAACAUUGUACCAAAAAGAAAAAAAAACUAUAGCUUUGAAAAAUCUCGAUCGUCUCUUGAGAACCAUCCGAGCCCACUGACCGGGUCCUUACCUUUUAUAGACCACAUACUGAAACUUGUAUAGAUUUGUAAUUUGUAAAGCGAUCUUGACAUUUAAUAUGGCACCAAUAUUAUUUUUUGAACAAAGCUCAUAUGGCUCCAAUAUUACAUAACUUGAUUUAUAAUAAAUUCCACUUUCGUCUUGUUUUGUACGUUCUGUCGAUCGUACGUUCAUAACAUAGCACGUGCUCCUCAGCCCACCAUCUCUAACUUCAUCUGUAUAUUCUCUGGACUUCUGGACGUUCCUUCUUCAUUUUUUACUUAUUUUGUUUAUAAAUAUUUCUAAUUGUUUUCGUGUAAGAAACAUUCGCUAGGACAAUAUAUUCACUUUUUUUUUUUUGAUAAACAUAAUAUAUCAUCACUUUCAUUAGUUCUUUUGUGCCCCUUUUAAUUCCAAACUAGUGAUUACCGUUGAAUAUUUAGAGAUAGUCUCGUAGUUCGAAAAAAAGUCUCGGUAGUUCAUAGCUUUUUUCUCGUAAGUUCUGAUAACAAAAGAGAAAGAUAGCACUUUGAACAAAAAAAAAA